UCUCAAUUCUCACGUGCCGAUCUUAUCUUCUUUUCUCUCUUAAACAAUUACUGUAAAAUAACCAGCGCUCUCUUCUCCCCUGUCAUGAUCCUUUCCCCUUCAAUUCUCCAUCUUCAACACAGGUAAAUGGAAACUUCCAAGGAGCAAGUCGGUUCAUCUUCUUCGUUAACUGAAGAUCUCUCAGCUUCAAAGGAUUCAUCCCAGCCGUCAAGCUUCCCCGAGAUUUUCUCCUUACUCUUCCCUCCUCCGCCCGCUGUGGGGAAGAAAACUCCAUCUUUAGACCUGAUCGAGUCUCUUGUCAAACAGAUAUAUGAAAGUCAAUGUCAAACAUGGAAGAAAAAGAUUUCGGAUGGGGUGGCUAACAGAGGGGAAUGGGGCACGAUAUUCCAGGACAGACCGGACGCUUCCCCAUUGAGUUCAUCACUGUACUAUGGAGCUCAAGAGGACAUGUAUAUCAAGUCAACAGGUGCACAAUCAUAUUCUAAGUAUGAUAAGGAAUAUGACCCCAACGAAAAAAGCUCACAGAGUGUCCCAGGAGCAAACUGGUGGGAUGGGUCAGUCUAUUACUAAGGCUCCACUGUGACCUGCCUAAACCCAGAAGCAAAGGUGAAUUAGUGAAAUAAGCUAAAUAUAGAAGAUGGGGCCUUCUAUGUGACAGGAUUCAGGAGUCAUGUGUCUAGAAUUGUAUGUUAUAAAACUUAAAAGCAAUAAUUUUCAAAAAAAAAAGCCUCUGUUAUUUUUAAUGCAGUGGUAAAGUUGGUACAAGUUAAGGUUGGUAUGAGAUAUUAUUGGGUUGUCAUUGGUGCUAUUUGGUACAACCUAAGGUUGGUGUUAUAGAUACAUAGACAACAAUUGUCUGUGAGAUGCUCAUUGCUCAUGUAAUACUAGGUUACGUAGCUCCUCUUAUUUCAGUGAUAUUCUCACAAUCAUAUAUAUUGCAUAUUUUAGUGAUAUUCUCACAAGUCACAAUAAACAGUGCACCUGUGG